UUUCCCCGAUUUUGACAGGGUGGUCACCGUGGAGUAUUUAAACAAAUUUAACAGCAAUGAUUGGUUUACUAUAUAAUGGCUGAGAGCGGAGAUCAAAAUCAGGAUGUCUUUCAGGAGGAAAGACUGCUGCUGAAACUGGAGACAUGUAUGCAGAUUUACAGCUGGGACUGUGGACUUGCCUGCUGCUGUAUGGUGCUAAGAUAUUUGGGAAAAGAUGAUUCCUGUGUUUACACUAGUGAUCUUGAUGAACUUCAAUGUGGUCAAAGUAUAUGGACAAUUGAUUUGGGAUACCUUUUACUUAAGUACAAAGUCAGGGUAGAGUUCUCCACAGUUACCUUGGGUGUGGAUGACCAGUAUGCCAGAAAGCCAUUCUAUAUGCGCAAUUUUGACAAAGAUGCUGAAAGGGUUAGCAAAAAGUUUGCAGAGGCUUCCCAAUCAGGACUUGAUGUUUCCAAAAGGUCUUUAAGCAUAAAAGACAUUGUGAAUCAUCUAUCAGGGGGGAACCUGCUCAUCUGCCUGGUUGAUUGGAGCUCACUGGAGUGUAUCUGGUGUGACAGGGUGAAGCAACACUGUUUAAACUGGUGUGGACAUUGUUGCAGAACAUAUCAGGGUCACUAUGUUGUGGUGUGUGGAUUUGACUUGAAAAAGAAAUAUAUAUUUUACAAAAAUCCUUCCUAUGAUGAAGAUGUGUGCUGUUCCCGGAUGGACAAGUUUGACAAAGCUCGCAAGAGCCAUGGUACAGAUGAAGACAUUCUGCUCAUAUAUAAACAACAAAGUAAGGGGGAUCACACCUUCAGAUCCUAGGUCUCUGAAUGGACUUCAGUGUUGUUUUUUCCCAGCUAGUAUGGACAUUCUUUUCCCCUUAUUUAUGUAGUUAAAUAUGUGUCUAAUUCAUUUUUUUUUUCAAAACCAUUAAAAUUAGGAGGAAGUUUUUAGCUCACUUGAGCCGAAGGCUUAAGUGAGCUUUUUUGAUCAAAAUUUGUCCGUUGUCUUUGGUGUCGUUGUUGUUGUAAACUUUUUACAAUUUCGUCUUCUUCUGCAGAACCACUAGGCUAAUUUCAAUCCUACUUUGCAGAGUAUCCUUGGGUAAAGGGGAUUCAAGUUUGUUCAAAUGAAGGGCCCACACCUUCUUCCAAGGGGAGAUACCUGUAAUUAAGAAAAAGUGAAAAAUUGGGUGGGGUCAUUUUAAAAUCUUCUUUUCAAGAAACAC